CGAGGACUGCCAAGUUGUGGCAAUGCGAUAGCUCUGGCUCAAGACCUGGAGCUGAUAUAACCCAGCGUUCCAAUUGCUCGCGGCCCGUCGUCCGAUGAACAUGCUCUUUACGAGGUAGCACCGCAGCCUCAUUCGGGCAUCGCAUCUGACAAGAUUUCGGGCAUUUUACGGACACCCUGAUCCACGACAACUUAGGAGUUAUUCCCACACCGUGUGUGAGCUCUGCGGCGAGUGAGCCGCGAUCGACCAAGAUGCCACCCAGUCCAGAUCCGGAGCCUCCGGGUUUCUCCACCUUGUCAUUCGGCAGCACCACGGGCCAAAUACCAGCUUCUCAAAGGAAAGAGAACAAAUGUCGCAAGUUUUUUCAACAGAUGCAACCAACCUUCUCGAUAGAUGUGCCGACCACGACAUUCACCAGACUUGAGUUCUUGGAUAACUUUGACCCCGCGAAAGAUAUAGUGGUCCGAAAGAAGGCCCGAGAAUGGGUGAACAAGAACCGAGAGGUCUCAAACCUGGCAGGAAAAGCAACGUCGAAGUCAAGGUUGAAGAACGCCGCACUAAAACUGGACGAAGAAGACCAGUCAAAGCAGCUGGUUCGGCGGAAAAGUGCUCCUCAAACACUUGUCAUCGCUUGCCCGAAAGCCGUUGGUGCGAGUUCGGUGGACCCCUUCGGUAUCCUACCUAACAUAGGCAGGGACUUUGAUCACAUCAUCAAAUACUUUCUGUCCGCCAAUUGCCCCGAGGAAGUCCCAUGCUCUGAUGACAAGUAUGCAGACAAGUCCAAGCAUGCUCUCAUACCGUUCCAGCAUGAAAAUACCAUUCUUGGCAACAUGGCGAAAAGCGAACUUACCUUCACUCUCUGGCUUUAUGCUACUGUCAUUAUCCGUGAUGGCCUGUCAGGAAACUUCCACACUGAAGAAGUAUACUGGUUUUACAACAGAUCUCUCAAAACGAUGCAGGAUACAUUGCAGAGGGAAACGGCUGCGGGUAAUUACACGGACCACCUGAUUAACGCUGUCGCCUGCAUCACAGCCGCUGCCGUAUUUUCUGGUAUGUUCGACACAGCUAUAGUGCAUCGUGAUGCGCUCAUCCGCCUUCUCACUCUCCGUGGCGAUGGCGAUGUCCGAGUAGGGUGCCAAUCGACAAGUUACUUUACCCGUAAAGCUUCACAGUGGAGUGAGAUCCUGGUUGCUGCACAACUCGCCGAAACCCCUAAACUUCCUCAUCAAACCCAAGGCUUGUCGCGCCUUCCCGUCCCGGAGGCCGUCAUCCUCACAACCGAUGCACUUACCGUCACAACACUCAGUAGCUUACCGCAGGUCUCUGAAGCAAUUGUCGAAGUCAUCCGCUACCUACACCAAAUCGCUGUCUCCUUUGCGUCCCCACCACCCGACAUCAAGAUUGAUGAUUACAUCAUACAACCAAUGUAUGACGCUCAACAUGCGCUCCUCAGGAUAUUGGCGGCGCAGAAGCUGCCCGAUAAUGGUUUCACCGAUGUGGAAGUACUGCUUGCUGAAGCUUUCCAGCUGUACUUCUGGACAGGAACCAGAGACUUGUCACCGCAAACCAAGCUGUGCGAGCUCUUUGUAUCUCGCGUCAUGAAGGCACUCCUCCCACUGCUGCUCGAAGCAAGCACAGAGCUGUCUUUCACAGCGGGAUACCAAAUGGCUGCUGCCGCAGGAGCAAAGGACAACAGCGCUCAGAAAGGACCAGAAGCCAAAGACCAUUUCUACCGCUUCCUCCGUCAUACACGAGAGGCCAACAACGCUAUCACAUGGGCACUAGCUCUCGGCACUUUGGUCACUGCACCACUGUUGGCGCCUGAACACCACUGGUUCAAGGAUCACUUCCAAUUGCAGCUUCGCGCGAUGGCGCUACAUCAAGACCAAAGUCGUUGGCUCGCAUUCCUCGGCCUGUUCCCCACCACGGAUGGCUUCAGCAAUCCGUGUAUAGAUCUGAAAAUUGCUUGGCGAGAAUAUGGUGUUUGAAGUGCUUGGAGCAAAAUUCAUAGUCUUCCGACGUCGGCAUCUUCUGCUGGUCGACCAUGUUUUGGAGCACUUCCUCUCAAAUUUGCUUCCGCGAAGCCGGGGAUACUGUUGUUUGGUCGAACCGUUGACUGC